UCCACACCUGUGUUAAUUACUCUGUGUAUUCAGUUCCUCUGUUUCCCCUGUCUCUUGUCAGAUCAUUGUAUGUCUACCCUCCUGCGUUUUCCUCGUGUUUCUGUGCUCCAGUUAUUCUGUGCAGAGUGGCAUUUUUGAGACCCGGGAGAGUGAGUUAGUGAGUAUGGAUGAGCUGGCGUUCAAGUUCGCAGUAAACAACAUAAACCGCAACAAGACCCUGAUGCCCAACACCACGCUCACGUACGACAUUCAGAGGAUCAACCUGUUUGAUGGCUUUGAAGCCUCGAGAAGAGUGUGUGACCAGUUGGCUCUCGGGGUGGUUGCCGUGUUCGGCCCCUCUCACAGCUCCUCCGUCAGCGCCGUUCAGUCUAUCUGCAACGCCUUGGAGGUCCCUCACAUACAGACCCGCUGGAAACACCCGUCAGUGGACAACAAAGACACCUUCUUCAUCAACCUCUAUCCCGAGUACACGGCUAUCGCCAGGGCCAUCCUGGACGUGGUCACAUUCUUCAAAUGGAGAAAGCUAACGGUGGUUUAUGAGGACAGCACAGGUCUCAUGCGGAUGCAGGAGUUGAUCAAGGCUCCGGCUAAGUUUAACCUGAAGAUCAAGAUCCGCCAGCUGACCCCGGGUAACCAGGACGCCCGACCGCUGCUGAAGGAGCUGAAGAAAGACAAGGAAUUCUUUAUUCUCUUUGACUGCUCCUAUCGCAUGGCUGCAGAGCUCCUUAAGCAGCUUUCAUCUAUGGGAAUGAUGACAGAGUACUACCAUUUCUUCUUCACGACUUUGGAUUUGUUUGCCUUGGACUUGGAGCCAUACCGAUACAGCGGGGUCAACAUGACCGGCUUCAGACUCUUGAAUGUCGAUGACCCGUAUGUGGCCUCCACCAUGGACAGGUGGGCGAUGGAAAGACUGCAGGGUCCUAAACAAGAGAGUGGCCUGAUGGACGGAAUCAUGACUACCGACGCAGCCCUGAUGUACGACGCCGUGUUCAUGGUUGCCGUUGCAUCCCAGCGGGCCACUCAGAUGACUGUCAGCUCCCUGCAGUGUCACCGUCACAAACCCUGGCGCUUUGGACCACGCUUCAUGAACCUCUUCAAAGAGGCACAGUGGGAUGGACUGACAGGGCACAUUGUUCUUAAUAAGACAGAUGGCCUGAGGAGAGACUUUGAUUUGGACAUCAUCAGCCUCAAAGAGGAUGGCACUGCCAGGAUUGCUGUGUGGAACUCAUACAAAGGGAUGAACCUGUCGGAGUCCCACCGAGACAAGAAUAACAAUGUGACUGACUCUCUGGCUAACAGGACUCUUAUUGUCACUACGAUUCUGGAAAACCCGUACGUGAUGUACAAAAAGUCAGACAAGGAGCUGGCUGGAAACGAUCGUUUCGAGGGUUACUGCCUGGACCUUCUGAAAGAGCUCUCCAACAUCUUGGGUUUUACUUAUGAAGUCAGACUGGUGGGUGAUGGGAAAUAUGGAGCGCAGAAUGACAAAGGAGAGUGGAACGGGAUGGUGCGGGAGCUGAUCGACCAUGUUGCAGACCUGGCCGUGGCUCCCUUGACCAUCACAUAUGUUCGAGAGAAAAGCAUCGACUUCUCCAAGCCCUUCAUGACGUUAGGAAUCAGCAUCCUGUACCGCAAACCUAACGGCACAAACCCAGGCGUGUUCUCCUUCCUUAAUCCCCUGUCUCCUGACAUCUGGAUGUAUGUGCUGCUAGCCUGCACAGGAGUUAGCUGCGUUCUCUUUGUGAUUGCCAGGUUUACUCCGUAUGAGUGGUACAACCCUCAUCCGUGCAACCCGUCGUCCACUCUCAUACAGAACAAUUUCACCUUACUCAACAGUUUCUGGUUUGGCAUCGGGGCUCUCAUGCGACAAGGUUCAGAGCUGAUGCCGAAGGCUCUGUCCACUCGAAUAGUUGGGGGGAUCUGGUGGUUUUUUACCUUAAUCAUCAUCUCCUCCUACACGGCAAACUUGGCUGCCUUCCUCACCGUGGAGCGAAUGGAUGCGCCCAUCGACUCAGCAGACGACCUGGCCAAGCAGACCAGGAUUGAAUACGGGGCGGUGAGAGAUGGAUCCACCAUGACCUUCUUCAAGAAAUCAAAGAUCUCCACCUAUGAGAAGAUGUGGGCGUUCAUGAGCAGCAGGAAGAACACCGCGCUGGUGAAGAACAACAGAGAGGGCAUCACGAGGGUCCUGACGACGGAUUACGCCAUGCUGAUGGAGUCCACAAGCAUCGAGUACAUCAGCCAGAGAAACUGUAACCUCACUCAGAUUGGAGGUCUAAUUGACUCCAAAGGCUACGGAGUGGGAACACCAAUUGGUUCUCCAUACAGGGACAAAGUGACCAUAGCCAUCCUCCAGUUGCAGGAAGAGGGAAAGCUGCACAUGAUGAAGGAGAAGUGGUGGAGAGGCAACGGCUGCCCAGAAGAGGACAACAAGGAGGCUAACGCUCUGGGCGUGGAGAACAUUGGUGGUAUCUUCAUCGUCCUGGCUGCUGGUCUGGUUCUUUCUGUGUUUGUGGCCAUCGGAGAGUUCAUUUACAAGGCCCGCAGGAACGCAGACAUAGAGGAGUGCGUGUCCUUCAGCGCCAUGAUGGAGGAGUUGGGCAUCUCCCUGCAGUGUUACAAAGGCGCCCGGAGAAGGUCCCGACCCCACAGCGCAGCCAAGUCAGCUUGUAUCUUCUGUCAACCCAAACGCACCUCAAGGCGGGAGGGAGCGAGACGGGACUCCAGCACGUGAGCCUUGGAUCUAUAAACUGUUGGAACUUGGAUCAGAGACUGACACAUGGAUCGCUUUCCACUCCUCCGAUACUUUUGUGUGGAACACCGGAUGACAUGACGUUGGAUGAUGUUUUGUUCCUCUCAUCCCUGUCUUUAUACUGUAUGUGUAUGGAUUAAACAUUAAGCAUUAUACUGUAGGUGUAGUAUACACAGGUGUAGUCUUGGCCUUGUAUCAACAUAACUGAGGUGAUGACUAUUGAAUGAAAGCUCUCAUAAUAUUACUGUUCCCUCAUGGCUGUAAUUUAGUGUUCUGAGCAGUUUGCAGAGUUGAAUCUGCACACUUUAUAGAAACACCCGUUGUGUAAAUGUGCAAAAACGUCACUGAUUUUCAGAGUAAAAGAUUUUUGCAUUUUUUAAACCUC